AUGGCCCAAGAUUUGCCUCCCGCUGAAGGAUACCGCGAAAUCAAAUAUCGUCGUUAUUUGCCUCAACGUGGACCUUCUGGAUUAGUUAUUUUAGCUGGUGUCACUGCCAUUUCAGCAUUUGGUUUCUAUAGAGUCUUCCAGGGCAAUCUUGAAAGAAGAGAAUUGAAGCGUGAAAACCUUUGGGCACGUAUUAAUCUCGUUCCUCUUUUAACCGCUGAAUCAGAUCGUGAUACCUACCGUCGUGAAGAAGCCGCCAAGGCUCGUGAGGAAGAAAUCAUGAAGAACGUCGAUGGCUGGAAGGCUGGCGAAUCAGUUUACAACAACACUAAAUAUUAUACUGCACCAAAGUUUGUCAUCGUUCCCGAGGAAAAUUAG